AGAAAUGUGUUUUCUUGUGCUAAGUUCUUAAUGUUGGAAUUUAGAGCCUGGAAAGUCACAAUAUGGUGUUUGGUCACAGUAUUUUCAUGAUUAGAAAAGGCAUAAGAAGCCAAGCGGCAGUGGUGGUACAUGCUUUAAACCCCAGCAUUGUGGAGGCAGAGGCAGACGGAUCUGGGAGUUCCUUGCCAGCCUGAUCGACAGAGUGAGUUUAAGGAGAGUCAGGGCUACACAGAGGAACUCUGUUAUUGUACCCUCCUUCUUCUUUUCAUAUCUGUCCCUUCUCCAUAGUUAAAUCCUCACCCCUGUUUCCCAUUUCCCCCUUCAGACACUUGUUCCCUGUUACUCCAUCUCUAUUACUCCCCCACACCCCACAGUGAUCUCUUCUUACUUUUCUGGUUACUGUAGUCACUCCAGGUUGUGUACUCACAUCUGAAGAUUUAGAACUGCGUAUGCAAGAGAACAUGCUAUGUCUCUUUCAGGGUCUGGGUUGCCUCACUCAAACGAUCUUUUCUAGGUCCAUCCAUUUACCUGCAAAGCUCAUGAUUUCAAUUUUCUUUACAGCUGAAUAGUAUUCCGUAAUGCAUAUUUACCACACUUUCACUACCCAGUUAUCAGUGGAAGGACAUUUAGGUUGUUUCCAUUUUGUAGCUAUUGUGAGUAGAGCAGCAGUGAACAUGAGCAAAUGUCUGUGGAGUAGGAUGUCGAGUCCUUUGAGCACAUACCAAGGAAUGGAACAGCUAGAUCAUGUGCUAGAUUUAUUUAACUUGAGGAAGUAUUUAAUAAAGGAUUCUCCAUAUGAUUUCCAAAGUGGCUAGAAUUCUUGUUGAUAUGAUUUUUAUUCCCUAUUUUAUUUUUUACGUUUUUGCUGGUUGAAUUAUUGAGAAUAAUUUUCUUUCUUUCUUUUUCUAAGUGCCAUUAGCCAUUUGCCAAAUCCACAGACUUUUAAAGGCUUUUAUUAUUGAAUCACAUGCGGAUUCUGCUUAGCACAGGUUUUGUGGCUUUUCUUUCUUUCUUAUUUAAUUUUAUGUGCGUUGGUAUGAGGUGGUCGGAUCUCCUGGAACUGGAGUCACAGACAGUUGUGAGCUGCCAUGUAGGUACUGGGAGUUGAACCCAGGCCCUCUGGAAGAGCAGCCAGUGUGCUCUUGACUGCUGAUCCAUCUCUCUAGCCCCUGUAAUUUUCUUUCGUCUGAGAAAUAGUGGUUUGCUGUCUUGCCCAUAGAUGAUUACUCCAGGUCUCCUGUAUUUCUCUAUUCUUCACAUGAAAUUUAUUAUUUCCCAUGUUCUCAUGGAUGAUUCUCUGACUCUCCUGUGUAUGUUUUGCCUCUGAUUUAUUAUCUGCAGUGCUGCUUUAGUGAAAUCAAUUGUGUUAAUUGGUGACUAUCUUGAAAUGCACUUAUGUCUCCAUCAAUUUUAAGAGAGUAGUUUUCUUUGUGCAAUAAGAAAUGGUGAUUUUUCUCUUCAAGCUUCAAGACUUUGGGAUCAUUGGCCAGACACCUGGUAGAACUCUGUUGCUUGCUUGGGUCUUUCCAUGUGGUUUGAUACUGUUCUCUAACAGCUUUCAGUGUUAAUUGUUGCUUUUUCUUUUUGACCCCUUAAUAUGAAAGGGCAACAAGUCACCUAUUUAUUGUUACUGAAAGAGAAACUUAAAGAAGAAAAAGAGAAAGAAAUGGCUGAUUCUCCAGUUCAUCGAUCCCAGGGCAUGUUGACAUUCUGGGAUGUGACUGUGGACUUCUCCCAUGAGGAGUGGGAAUGCCUGGACUCUGCUCAGCGGUCUUUGUACAUUGAUGUGAUGUUAGAGAAUUAUAACAACCUGGUCUUUGUGGAGAACUAUUGCAAAUGUGAUCCUGUCCAUCAACAUGUGAAGACUGAAAAGGAGUCUUGUCAGUGUAAUGAGCUUGGCAAAGUGCUUCAUGACCCCUCCACAUGUGCACUUUAUAGAACAAGUGAAACUACAGAAAACUCUAAUAACUACAGAUGCAGUAACCACGGGGAUGCCUCUAUUGACUCAUCAAACCCAGACAGACAUGAAAGCAUGCACACUGGAGAUGAACCUUGCAAAUCUAAAGACUGUGAGAAAUCUUUAAAUUUGUGUUCCAGCAUUACACAAGAUCAGGGACUGUCCACUGCAAAGAAAGAGCACAGGCAGGGAGAAGAUGAUGACUAUCUCAGCGCUGCACACGGUCUGUUACAACAACCAGUCUACAUUGCUGAGAAACCUUACCAGUGUGGGAAAUGUGGGAAAUACUUAAGUACUGCCUCAAGCCUCACUGUACACCAGAGAAUACAUACUGGAAAGAAACCCUACAAGUGCAACGUUUGUGACAGAUCCUUUACCCAGUGCACAAAUCUUAAAACACAUCAAAGACUUCAUACUGGAGAGAAGCCUUACAAAUGCAAAGAAUGUGGAAAGUCAUUUCCUCAGUUGUCUGCACUUAAAAGCCAUGAGAAAAUGCAUACAGGAGAGAAGCCUUACCAAUGUAAGGAAUGUGACAUAUCCUUUGCCCACUCUUCCAGUUUUAAGAAACAUCAGAAAAUGCAUACAGAUGGGAGACAUUAUAGUUGUCAAGAAUGUGGCAAGGUCUUUCAUCAGCUUUCACACUUUAGAAGCCAUUACAAACUUCGUACUGUAGAGAAGCCUUACAAAUGCAAUGAGUGUGACAGAGCCUUUCCCCACUAUUCAUCACUGAGUAGGCAUCAGAAAACUCAUUCUCUAGAGAAACGUAACAAAUGCAAAGAAUGUGGUAAGUCCUUUCUUGAAUUAUCACAUCUUAAAAGGCAUUACAGAAUCCAUACUGGGGAGAGGCCUUUCAGAUGUGAGGUAUGUGACAAAUCCUUUACCCAGGACUCACAUCUUAGAACACAUCAGAGAGUUCAUAGUGGAGAGAGACCUUACAGUUGUAAGGAAUGUGACAAAUCUUUUAGUAGGUGUGAAUAUCUUAGAGCACAUCAGAAAAUUCAUACUAGAAAGAAACUUUACAAAUGCAAAGACUUGUGACAUGUCCUAUAUCCAUAUUGCAAGUCUUAGAAGACAUUAGAAAAUUCAUACUAGAGAGAAAAAUACCAUUAUAAAUAAUGUGAUAUAGCAUUUAUCUGAAUUCUCAGCUUAUGAAUCUCAACAGUAUAUGUAAUAAAAACAUAAAGAUGAGAAACUUGUGAAUGCCUCUAAUGAAGAUUUAAAUCUUAGAAAAUA